AUGCACCAAAAGAUGAAACUCGAUGUUGCUAUAGUGACUUAUUUGGCAAUAUUCACCGAUGUUGCGAACGCUUUCUGGCGUCUGCCUUGUCGCGGACGAAGCGGUGUGGCUCGGAUUGAUCCCAUAAUGGCACCAGGGAUCCCAUCGGAUCAUGUACACGCGGUUCAUGGAUCGGGCGGAUUCUCGAUGUCCGCCAACGAGGCAAGUCUGAAGCAGUCGGGCUGUACGUCUUGCGCAGUGACCGAAGACAAGUCAGCAUACUGGGCGCCCGCGUUGUAUUUCGUGCAUCAAAAUGGCGAUGCUGAGCUUGUCAACGAAGUCGGCGGAAUGCUUGCCUAUUACCUUCUCAACGGCGAAAAUGUGAUGGCGUUCCCUGAAAACUUCCGCAUGAUGGCAGGAGAUACAUACCUGCGCGACUUCCCCUGGCCGAUACCGGAUCCCCCGCAGUCAGAGUGGUCUGGAAAUGAUCUAAAACAGGAGGCUCUUCGUCAAAAAGCUGUCGGAUUCAACUGUCUGAAUUACCAAAAGGACCCCGAACCCUCUCUGGGUCGUCAUUUCUUGCCAAAUAAGACAUAUUUGGAUGAGCACUGCACUGAGGGCGUUCGGUUUGAAUUGAUGUUUCCAUCCUGCUGGAAUGGGAAGGAUAUCGACACACCGGAUCACAAGUCUCACCUGGCCUAUCCGUCUCUGGUGAUGGACGGGGAAUGCCCAAAGGGUUUCGAGCAUCGUCUUGUUUCACUCUUCUAUGAAAGUAUCUGGGAUACAUACGCGUUCAAAAGCAAAAAAGGCAAUUUUGUGCUCGCAAAUGGAGAUCCCACGGGAUACGGCUACCACGGUGAUUUCAUGUAUGGCUGGGACUCACAGGUGCUCCAGCAGGCAGUGAAUACAUGCACAAACAUGUCUGGAGAAGUGACGGACUGCCCCGUUUUUACGCUUCAGAGUGACGAGAAACAGGAUGAGUGCCGCUUCUCCGUUCCGGAUGCUCUGAAGAGUGAAGACGUGAACUACCACAAAGGUGGUCUCCCGAACAACGUCGCCAUCCAAAGCGGACCUGCCUAUGCUAGCCCAGUCAGAUACACCACCACCACUACCACCGGCGCUGCCAAGCCGAACGUGGCUACUCAUACCACCAGUACGGCAUUGAUCAAAACCACCGUUUCAGCCUCGAGCACGCUUGCCAUGAUCCCCAGACCCGCCGUAAUCACGACGUGGUCGCCGCCGUCUAGCACCUCGUCUGCCGAACCGGCUUCGUCCACAACAAUCGUCUACGUCGAACAAGCAAUUAUUGUCCUUGUGGAUGAUCAAGGCGUCCCGAUCGAGACGCAGACUGGCUCUUUGGAAACCAUCUCGAAGACCACGACCACUCCCAGUGGCGGCGCUACGUCCAGCCGACCCCCUUCGAAGCGCGGUUGGUAUCAUAACCAUCCCCACAGGCAUUACCGCCACGGACAUUCCCAUUGAUUGGAGUUGUGGGGCGGGGCGGUUCUUGUGACUUUGUUUUCUUUUCGGAUAUACUUAUUUGCUUCUUUCUUCAAAUGUCUCUGCGAUGGUCCAGGCACCGUCGGAUUUACGAUGUACAUGUUAGACACCUUAGCUUCCUAUCCUCGAAGGAUCGGUUGGACUAGAACUGUCGCUGUCUCUGGGAGAAACGCGCAG